UUUCAUUCCCCUGGGCAACAUCAUCUAUCACGUGUAAUUUACAAUGACAACCGGAAUCUUGUUGAGGCGGAGUGUUUUUACAAGUUAGAGCCUAUUGAUAGAGUUGAUGUGGAAAUGAUCAAACUUUUGGGCUUGUGCAACUUGGAAUCCAUGCCAGCUGUUCGAAUGCAUCAUCCACUCACAAACUGGGAUCUAAUAGACGUCCCCGUCCAGGUGCGCCUCUUUUUCUCUCUCUCUCAUAAGUCUUAAAUAUAUAAUGGGAAAGAAAUGACUGAGUAAUGUUGUGAUGACUGUGGCAAAUACAUAGGGACUGUAUCAACAUGGUAUAUUCAGCACCUUUUUUGUUAGGAAUGAGGUUCCAGGCCUGUUCAGCUAUAAAAGUACCAAGUCCUCGAUAUCUUUUAUUGUCCCUUUACUACUUGCUAGUCACAGAAUUCGAGGCUUAAACAUCUUUGCUACCUAUGCAAAGGAAAAUUCAAAUAAUUAUUCUACUGGACCUAUUAUUGCUCCAAUAAUGAUCAAAGUGAGAAACAAGAGUAAGGGUCUGAAGUUGAUCUAUGACCCUGAGUUCUACGGAAUUCCAGGUGACGGAGAAAAUAUGAUAUGGUUGAGCCAUUGGAUGAUGGAGAAUAAAACAAUAUUACAAUGUGGAGAUGAAGUGGUGGUUUCGGUAAUAACCGGACCACGUGACAUGUUUUGGGUAAAGGAGUUUGGUGUCGACCUUGUGCAAGAGCACCAAGACAAGAUGAGUACCCAACACAACACCAAAUCCGAUCCUAAUUAUCCAUUUGUUAUCGGUGGAGAUUUGAAGAUGUUUGAGCGCAGACCGGGAAUAUACUUCCUUGGCAAUUAUGCAAGAAAAGAUAUUGAUGACAUUGAUAUCCUCACCAUGGCCUCUGAUGAAGAAGACACAAACAAAGAAAGACAAGAGGAUGAACCUGAUUACACAAUUGCAAAGACGAGGGCUGCUAGCAAUAACUGCAGCUUGAGAGGCUGGAAGGUGCGCCUCACAGCUGUCGGCUUCUUUUUUUCGCUUGCUCUAGUAGGUUGGUCCUCCAUCUCCCAAAAAAAGAAGCGACACUCGUCCACAAGCCCACCAUGAGUUUGUAAUUUGACUUGAUAUAGAUAUAUCUUUGCAUUCCUCUCAGGAUGUUUUCUAUCUUCAAAA